UUCUCCCACCCCAUUUCUUGGAACCACUCAUUCUUUCUAACACUAUUUUCUCUUUUACUCUUUCAUUUUUGACUCUCUCUUCUAAAGGUUCGUGUGUUUGAGAUUUACGCCGGAAAAUUAUGGCCGGAAAAGGAGAGGGACCUGCGAUCGGAAUCGAUCUUGGAACCACCUACUCCUGCGUCGGAGUGUGGCAGCAUGAUCGCGUUGAGAUCAUCGCCAACGAUCAGGGUAACCGUACGACGCCGUCUUACGUUGCAUUCACUGACACCGAGAGGCUCAUCGGAGAUGCCGCCAAGAACCAGGUCGCCAUGAAUCCCAUCAACACCGUUUUUGAUGCAAAGAGGUUAAUUGGAAGGAGAGUUAGCGAUGCCUCAGUUCAGAGUGACAUGAAAUUGUGGCCAUUCAAGGUGGUUGCCGGUGCUGGUGACAAGCCCAUGAUUUGUGUCAACUACAAGGGUGAGGAGAAGCAAUUUGCGGCCGAAGAGAUCUCAUCUAUGGUCCUAACCAAGAUGAGGGAGAUUGCCGAGGCUUACCUUGGAUCAACUGUGAAGAAUGCCGUUGUUACAGUCCCUGCAUACUUCAAUGACUCUCAGCGUCAGGCUACCAAGGAUGCCGGAGUUAUUGCCGGUCUCAAUGUGAUGCGUAUCAUCAAUGAACCCACUGCUGCCGCAAUUGCCUAUGGUCUUGACAAGAAGGCUUCCAGCGUGGGGGAGAAGAACAUCUUGAUCUUUGAUCUUGGUGGUGGUACCUUUGAUGUCUCUCUUCUCACCAUUGAGGAGGGUAUCUUCGAAGUGAAGGCCACUGCCGGAGACACUCACCUUGGAGGAGAAGACUUUGACAACAGGAUGGUGAACCAUUUUGUACAAGAGUUUAAGAGGAAAAACAAGAAGGACAUUAGUGGAAACCCCAGAGCACUUAGGAGGUUGAGGACAGCAUGUGAGAGGGCGAAGAGAACCCUCUCAUCCACUGCUCAGACCACCAUUGAGAUCGAUUCUCUCUUUGAGGGUAUUGAUUUUUACUCAACAAUCACCCGUGCUAGGUUCGAAGAGCUCAACAUGGACCUCUUCAGAAAGUGUAUGGAGCCAGUGGAGAAGUGUCUCAGGGAUGCGAAGAUGGACAAGAGCACUGUCCAUGAUGUUGUACUUGUUGGUGGCUCUACGUUACUCAAGAUGGUUUUGGGU